AGAUUAUGAAAUAAGAAAGUGUUACUUACACAAAAGAUGGAUUAGAUGCAUUAACUUUUACAGCUGAAGGAGACAUAAGAUAAGCAAUCAAUAAUUUAUAAGCACCACAUACAGGUUUUGGAUUAGUUAAUAGAGAAAAUGUAUUCAAAGUUUUUGAUGUACCUAAUGUUGAUGAUUUGAAGAAGAUUUUCUUCAUAUGUUGAAAGG